GUCCCUAGUACUAGCAAGCAUUUAAACCUGCCAUUCUGACGCUAAGCCAGCCGGUUUCUUUUAGGGCUGAUGCCUUGAGACCGAGUGUUUCAUCCAGAGCGAGCAUCAACCCCCACUACCACUACCACCAUCACCACCCCCGAACCAGCGGACUUCCUCAUGGCCGUCAACCUGCGCAACCGCGUGCGUCCCCACAUCCCAGAUACAUACGUGGGGAACAUGAUUUUCCCCAUCCACGACACAAUCGACCCACCGAAGCCCCUCCCCGCGGCAGAGGGUCACCCCACGACAGACGAGGAGAGAGAUCUCCGCCGCCUCGCGCAGCUGGCCUUAAGAGUGCGCACCCGACUGUCCGCGAUGGACGAGACGGUGGCGCACAGCGCCUCGGCCGUCGUGGCCGACCACGACGACUGGACGACGGUCGAAGGCCGGCCCGCGGGGAUUAUUGUGACGAGCUGGCGGGAUCUCGACAUUUAUUCCUUGGACUUUGGGGCGGGGCUAGGAUAUAUUGAGGAUUUUGAGCCGGGGCUGGCGCUGGUGCCGGGGGGAUGUAUCUUUCUCCCGGCGCGGAUGUUUGGUGGUGGGGGCCGGGGCCGUGCGACUGCGCCGUGGGAGGUGUGCGUCACUUUGAGGAUGGGGGAUUCGGAGACACUGCUGCAGGAUCCGUUGUUCAGGAGGAUCCUUGCGUAGGGGGGGAGGCUUGGCGAAUGCUCUUGGCUUGGGAAUGGGAGGCAUGUACAGUACAGCUAGUCAGCCACUCGGGCUUGGUGCCAGAGCCUUGGUUUAGCCAGUGAUUUUGUACUUGAGAGCUAUACUUGACGAGUGCUUGAAAGCAAGGGCUUGAGGGCUGAAGGUGGCUUGGUGUGAAAGUAUAUAUGUCAUGGCUUUGGUGG